UUUCGACUUUGAAUCCGUAUUCAGUCGACGCUGAGACUUUGCAUUGUGAACACCUCCCAACGAGAUUUGAAAGGCUCCGUGAACUUGGCUGCGACCUCCGAAACAGAACCGAGGGAAAUAGACACCAUGGCACGGAAACUGCAAAUCUCAACCAUAUACCUAUUGGCCCUCUUCGUGGCAAAUACACAAGCGUCUCCUCAACGUAAUAAUGGUGGCGGAUUGACUACUUGUGCAGGAGUGGCGGGCUAUUGUUCCGAGGGCUAUGUAGGAGACACGUGCAUCUUUGUGUGUGCUUUUGGACGGCCAAAUGUUCCAGUGUGUGAGAGUAACGGCCAAUGGACGGAUCAACCUCGUUGUAUCGAGCAUGAACCUGGAGUGGAAUAUCAAAUUUCCGGAACUUGUCUUGGAAUCCCAGGAUAUUGCUCUUUGGAUGUGACCGGUGGACUCUGCGAAUUCGACUGCCUCACUGGACCGGAUAUCAAGUCGUUUUGCACCUCGGAUGGAACUUGGGAACCGUAUCCAAUCUGUGAUGGGGACAUCAGAGAGACUCGUGAUGGGUGUGAUCCUUGUCCUGGCCCAUUUGGUGGGGCUCGGAAUAGGACCUUGGAAUCGAGGAAUCAACCUAAUCAGCCUGCUGGUCGUCCCAAUCGUCAGAACAACAACAAUGGACCCAUCCAAGGGUUCCAGCCGGUCAGUAAAUCGUCGCCGACAGUAAUCCAACCUUCUCGACAAACCCCUUUUACUCCCCAACAACCCUCGCAACCAGUGAAUUACAACAAUAACAACAAUCGCAGGGCCCCAAACUCUCGUAAUACUAACAGGAGCAGCAAUAACAAUCGGAAAGCAAACCAAAGCAGAGGGAACAAUCGGUCUCUGCAGAACAACCGCAAUCGGAACAAUCAAUCUUCUCGAGCCAAUCAGUUCCAGGAGCAACCAAGGAAAGCGAACUUUCAAAAUUCACAACCCUCGAAGGUCUCCCGCCCAGUCAGUAACAAUAACAGGAACAACAACAACAAUAACAGAAGCAACAACCACUCUGGCGCAUCCACUGGACUUCAAUGUCCAGGAAAUAGCCUUGAAGUCUGUAUUGAUGUAUGCCCUUCAUUCUCUGCCCGCAUUUUCGGAGCCUGUGUUGCUGGCUGCGCUCGUCGAUGCCCUACAAAGAAGUGAAAGAGUAUUUCAGGUGGUGCCUUGAAUGUGAACUGAAGAUUUCGAAACGUGACGUACCAACCGUACCAACGAGCAAAAAGAGCAAUGAGCAAAGAUUCAAACAAUAAAUGAGUGGGAUCUUAUUGCUUCUCAAGUUGAAA